CCGAGGGGGGUCUAGUUUUAUUUAAAAAACUCAAUUGCUAGUUUUGAAGUUCUUCCCUGUACUGUUUUUUAAAUAUUUUCAAUUAGGGACUUAUUCAUCGCAAUUUAAGUGUAUUUUUAAGCGGCCUGUGAACUUGCCAAAUGUCCAUACACGAAACCGGAACACCCGCCUUCGACAAUUUGAAGUACGCAUGGCCUAUCAAAACAACUGCGACAGAUUGAACUUUCCAAGAGGUUAUCUGAAGUACAGCCAGCACAAUCAACAGAAGAAACAUUGUGAAAAUGAAACUCGUUAUAAGUAUACUACAAUUAAUCCUAAUUCAAGCGGAUUGCUGGAAAAUAUUUCAUCGGGGCCGAGAAGUAGGUGGAAAUUUGGGAGCACCUUACGAUGUCGGUUACAAAGCCACCAAAAAGUUAGCUCAAGACGAAUGGUUUAUACAACGUUUGGACCACUUCAAUCCUACCGAUUUGAGAGUCUGGAAACAGAGAUACUUUACAAAUGACCAAUUUUACAAAGUUACACAUAACGGGCCAAUCUUCUUAAUGAUUGGUGGCGAAGGUACCGCCUCCCCUUUAUGGAUGAACCAGGGCGCGUGGAUUGAUUACGCUAAACGAUUUAAAGCGUUAUGCUUUCAAUUAGAACAUAGGUAUUACGGGAAAAGUCACCCGACCGAGGACAUGAGUACGAAGAAUCUUCAAUACCUUACAAGCCAGCAGGCUCUGGCUGACUUGGCAGCUUUUAUUCAAGCAAAAAAUGAGGAAUAUGGAUUUUCGUCUAAUGUAAAGUGGAUCGUUUUCGGCGGGUCAUACCCGGGAUCACUAGCAGCUUGGAUGCGUUUAAAAUAUCCCCAUUUAGUGCACGGUGCCAUGUCUGCAAGUGGGCCCUUGCUAGCAAAAGCCGAUUUUCCAGAAUACUAUCAUGUGGUGGAGGAAUCUCUGAAAACCGCCAGUAGUCAGUGCUUAUCAACGGUAAAAGAAGCAACUGCUCAAGUCGAAAUCUUCCUAAAUCAUACAGUGGGUUAUAAGGCAUUAGAUUCGAUGUUUAAUCUCUGUGAUCCAAUCGAAAACUCGAUUAAUAACCCAAAGGAUAUUUCAAACUUUUACGUUACAUUAGCGGAGAAUAUUGCCGGCAUUGUACAGUAUAAUAAGGACAAUCGUAUUGGAGGCAAUCAAAAGGUGGCAAAUAUCACAAUUGAUACCAUAUGCGAUAUUAUGGAAGAUGAUGAUAUGGGGGCUCCCAUCGAUAAAUUGGCAGAGAUUAACAGAUUGUUAAUGAAUGCUAAUAAUCUAAAAUGCUUAGAUUACAAGUACGACAAAAUGAUCCAAGAGCUAAGUCAGAAUUCAUGGUCUAGUAACGUUUCGGAAGGAGGUCGACAAUGGAUGUACCAGACGUGCACAGAGUUCGGAUUUUUCCAGUCCUCUUCUCAGCCACCGUACAUUUUCGGAACUGAUUUUCCCGUUGAGUUUUACAUUCAACAGUGCGUCGAUAUUUUCGGCGAGAAAUACAAUUCCGCAUUCGUGGACACAAACGUACAGCGGACGAACACAUUUUACGGCGCUCUCGAUAUAGACGUCAGUAAUGUCGUUUUUGUUCAUGGUUCAAUCGAUCCUUGGCACGCGUUAGGCAUCACUAAGACAAGAGAACAAAGGGCACCUGCUAUUUACAUUGAAGGUACAGCUCAUUGCGCCAACAUGUAUCCCAAAUCUGAGAAGGAUUUGCCACAACUAAAGGCAGCGAGAGUAGAAAUAGCUGAACAUAUUGAUGCGUGGAUUAGAUUAUAAUAAACAAUUUAUAAGAAUGUUUGAAAAGCUUGUCUCAAUCAAUCGAAUUGUAUAACUCAUAAAAAUAUUCAUUCCUACAAUACUCGGAACAAGAAUCAAAAUAUAUAUAAUGAUUUAAGAUUAAAAACGUCA